GCACUCCAUACCCCUCCUCGCCCUCGUGGUUCUCCUUUCUCUUUCAUCACCGCCACGUCCUCCCGCUUUUCCGCUCAGAUAACCACCACGACCGGCUCGCCCUCCCCUUCUUCUCACACGACUCAACGACCAUCAUGGCGAAGGGCCGCAAGGCGAACGGCGCUAUCGCCACCCCGGAUGCCAACAAAGAAAACCGGGAACUGCUGCAGGUUGAUACGGACGCCGCAACGUCGACGGCAGCCGCGCCCGCCUCGUCUGCGUCCGAUAAGGACGUCGUCAAAGUUAACAACGCCAACUUGACCGAGCUGAAGAACGCGUGCGACGAUGCGCUCAAACGCUUCCUUUCUCGGCCGGACCUCUUUAAGCAAAUACACACGCACACCGACGUACGCCUCGCGCUAGGCUGGGGGAGCGUCUUCACCGCGGCCGCGACGGGCUACUAUGGCUGGAAAGUCGAGUUCGAGAAAUCGAAACCGCUCGUCUGGGCAGGCGUCAUAUUAUACGUUGUCUUGUCCGCUAUCCAAACGCUCUACGCGUACUUCAUUGAACGCGAUAUCGUAUUCGUGGGCAGGCGGAAAACGUUCGAGAAGCGGAUUGUGACCGACCGAAUAACCGUGACCUCUUCCACCGCCACUCCACGUUCUACCACCACCACCGCCUCGACCGCCAACAGCCCCUCCUACACCGUCUCUCUCACCCUCAUCCAAUCCUCGAACGGCGGCAAGUCCCUCCUGGGCAAGCACCAGGUCUCGGUCACCGCCCCCUUCGCGGAGUGGUUCGACGAGAAGGGCGUGAUGGACGUGCUCGCGUACGAGACUUGGCUCACCAGCGCUCUCGCCCGCGUGAUGGAAUCGUAGUUUCCUUCUCUUGACCGGCUUUGAGUUUUCAGGCACCCGGUGGCAGUGAUAUCCGUGAUUCAUGCGGUUCCUGGAUAGUGGUGUUAUCUGUCAAAAGCUUCGCUCGUUCGUCUUCGAGCAAUGACGCGCCGUCGGUGGUGGUUGAACUACGUUGCUGUAGCUGGCUAAUGUCUGCGCCUGUGCUAUCAUAUCCGUAUAUACACCAUGGAUUAUCUAUUGGAUAGGAC